GCACGCGAGUGUCGAUUGCAGUGGGCAGGGCAGUGAGAGCAGCGCGAUCACGUUUCUGUUGAGUGCCCCUAAGCACCACCCGACUUCAGGGGCACAUAUGUACACGGUGCGAAACUCGGCCACAGCCACGGACCAACACUCAUCACCAGGACUUCAUUUAUGUCAGGUCGUCGAGUUUAAUGUCUAUAAAUAUCUCUCGUAGCUGAGGUGGAACAAUGAAGAGCGUUCGUGGGCGACACACACGAACAAGGUCCGCCGCAUGUUAAACUACUGUUGCAUGCAGGUGGGGGAGCGCUGUCGCUGUCCCAGGUUGCUGAAAGCGCUCGUCAGUCGAUCUGCGGCAAGCCAACGAGACAGUAAACGGUUUUUGAUCGAGACAAUGUGCAUGGACUGAUGUGAAUGCUGAACAAUAGCAAGGCAGUUAACGUAGCUCUAGUCAGAGUAAAUGGGAUCUCACGUCCUCUAAUGUUUAAAGGAUGAAGAUAUUUUCCCUGUCAACCGUGCCACUGCUAAUUCUCAGCUGUCUAGGUGUCUCUCGCGUCUUUGCUGACAGUUUGGCGGCUCCUGUCAAUGUGACCAUCAAGACUUUGAAGUCCAACUCUGCCGUGGUGACAUGGGACAUCCCCGAAGGGGACCUUGUCAUCGGCUUCGCCAUCACACAGCAGAAGAAGGACGUGCGCAUGCUGCGCUUCAUCCAGGAAGUGAACACCACCACCCGCUCCUGUGCAUUAUGGGACUUGGAGGAGGAGACCGACUACAUUGUGCACGUGCAGUCCAUCAGCAUGAGUGGGCCCAUGAGUCAGCACAGCGAACCCCUGCGCUUCCGCACGCCCAAGGAGUCUGAGACACAGGCCUCGAAGAGUAAAGACGAGGUGACCAUGGAGGAAGUGGGAGCUCAGCUGAGGGCGGGGGAGUUCAUCAUUAUCGUGGUGGUGCUGAUCAUGUGGGCAGGUGAGGGGUGGAAUGUUUCAAAAGGUGUGAUCGCUCUCUUCUGCCGUCAGUAUGACAUCAUCAAAGACAAUGAGCCCAACACCAACAAGGACAAAGCUAAGACCUCAUCAGAGUGCAGUACUCCGGAGCACCCGACGGGGGGGCUGUUGCGCAGUAAGUUCCCCAAGAACAACAACAACAACAACCGGGCUCCAUCUGUGAACAUCAUCGAGGUGUGACGGCCAGAACACUCUCUAAUCCAAAGGAUUGAGUGUAUUCUAAACAGAGCAACCAAAGGGCCCUUUAUGCCCAUCUGCUUGUUAGGAUGAGGCUAGGACUGUGGGUCGUGGCCAGCCCUUUGGCAUGGGGCCUGGGUGUGAACUGGGCCCUCAGGACUCCAGGGUCCAGGUCUCAGAGGAGAGGCUCUAGAUGUGGUGGCAGGACUGUGGCUGUCGCUGCUCUAAUUAUUGCCAGAAGGUCAAGGAGAUAAAGGCCAAAUGGGUUCAGCUAUGAGUUGAGAGAGAGGAGAUAUGAACAUGGCCAGGGGACUGCAUAUAACCAGGGCCAGAGACCCUCUCUCUCAGCUUGUUGUUAAUGAACUGAAACACACCGUCCCGGCCCCUGUUCCCCAUACUGCAACCAAGGCUUGAGAACUGUGCACUGUGUGAAAAUGAACUCCCCCUACUGCAUCUCCUCUCUUACAGUGUUUAUUUAUUUGCCUCCUAUUAUGCUCAUUUGCUGUAAGGCACAUACUGUACUUUCCUUACUAUUGCUUACCUCCUUUGACAUAUACCUCUUAUUCAAACUACAGUAUAUAUCACUGUAUCAAAACCUGUUUCAACCUGUUUCAUCUAUUCACAACAACUUCUUAUUGCUAAAGUACCAGUUUUAUAGAUCUCCUUCUGGCUCAACUCCCUGAAACCUCCUCUGAGAUGUGUUUUCAUUCGAUCAGAGCUAGUUAGUUCCCCGCUCAGGGAAUUCAGACAAUACAAGGCUAAUUUUGGAGGCCUUUCUGAAUCCAAGCUGGUGGCUAUGACGUCAGGGCAAGAUCAAAAGGAGCACUCAAGACACCCGUGCGUCAGAAUUCUCCAUUUAUCUGGAGAAUUAAAGCUUGUUAGCUCUGACAGCAGAAAAUAACGUUGUCAUUUAUAAACAAAUCUGGUCUCUACAUUUAUCGUUGAUUUACCUUAAAUAUAAAAUUUUCCUUUAAAAGGUCCAAAGCAGCCAUUUAAAAAAAUAUCAAUAUCAAAUCAUCUCUGGGCAACAAUUAAGUAUGUUACUGUGUUUGUUUUUGGUUAAAAUGAUCAAAAAUAAGAAAAAAAUUGCUUCUUAGCAAAGAGCAAUUUCUCAAGCAAGAAUUAUGCUAAGACCGUCUGGGAGUGGUCUGAGUGGGGAGGGGGAAAACUGGAAACUAGCUGUUAUUGGCAGAGAGGUUUGGAACUAUCUUUCUUAUCGGACUAUUAACUUAUUGCAUGGUGAUGUCCCCAUGGAAAGCCCAAAGCUCCAUUCCACCAAAACGGGUGAAAUUUCAGGCAGUCUUUUCAAACUGCUCUUACAAUAAAAGGGCUUUAUCCAAAUGUUCACAAUUACACAGUAUUAUUCCAAUCUCAGUGUGCAAAUAUAUAUAAAACACAGGAAAAUCACGUUGACUGCACUGGGCCUUUAGGGGAUAAUCCACACCAAACGGCUAAUUCAUACAAUUAACAGUGUUAAAUAACACUAAUAUGUGAAUAUAUUUCUUAACAAAUUUUUUAUUUUGUUGUUAUAACAAGGUUGCUAGAAAUAUGUGAAAACCAUUGUGGAAAUCUCUUGCAACAAAACCCACAAUGCAAUGCUAUUUCUGAACUGGCUGGCUAGUUAGCUAGAAAACAGCUAUACACAAUAAUACCAAAGUCAAUAUCAGCAUGUGAAGUAGCUAGCUAGCUGUAUAAUCGCCUAAACAAACUGCACAAUCAAUUUAGGAGUCUCUUAAAAUUGCAGUUCAUCAACUCGCAAUGAAGCGAGUGCAGAUAUGGUACGUUUCUAUGGCAACAAUGGCCUUUUCCCACAGACACACGGGGAGCAUAGAGAUAAAUAGUAAUGGCGUCUUUUUGAGGGCAUUAAAUCCACCAUGGUUCGUUAGUCAAAGCAUAUGGGAAAAUAAAUAAAUGAAUCGUAACUGGCUCGUUUCAUCUUGUUCUUGAUACCAUGUCUUGUUUUUAGGUGUUUUGACUGAUUUAAUGUCAAUGCUGAUAUGGCUAGCUAGCUAACCAACAACUGUAAUGACGUUGUGCAAAUGUAUUUAUGUUUUCAAUAAAACAUUGGAGAGGAAAUAUAGCAUACAUGUUAUCAACAAUUCAAGCCAACCCUGUCUGUUGUGCCCCAAUAGUUGCAAAAGCGUCAGUUUUGUUGCUAAACAACCAGACCGUCUAUGGGAAUGGCUAAAGAACCAGAGGUAACUCAUUUCCUGUUUUUAGGACUAAAAGCUGGCGAGCUCUAUUGCGAGAUGGUACUUGAAGGAGAAACUGAGUUUAAUCAUUUGGUACACUGUUUAGAUUGGGCACAUCUAAGUGAAAUAUAUACUUUUUCAUGAUUAUAUAAACAGAUGGAUGUGUUCCAGACAAGUAUGCCAUACCAUCUAUUGGCUCACUUGGCGAUCUGGAGUGCAGGUAAUUGUUUAAAACGCGUCAUAAAAUGUGAUAAGUGCGUUAUCCCCCAUCUCCGUUGACGAGAACCAUUUGGCUAUGCCACAUUCCUACACCAUUUCCUGAUUUCACAGAUAGACCACUUAGAAGUUAAAUAAUGGGGAAUUGUUUUAUUUUACCCACUGAUAGAACAUAGGCCUUCAAGAAAUUGACAGGAGAUUCAUUAAUUUUAUUUCUGGUGGUGGAUUAUCCCUUUAGGUAAAAAUAAUAUUUGACUUAUAAGUAGAUUUACUAAAAUGCUACUGUUCAAAUAUUUUAAGUGUAUCGUUUCUCUUAUCACCUACUUUUAUUAGUGAAUGUUCAAGAGAGUUUACACUCACCUUUAAGAGGGGCCUGACUCAUGUGCAUGGACUGGAUGUGUCUCUGAGGAAGGGCUAAACAGGCCUCCCCAUGACAGCAAUAACAGCCCUGAGUGGAGCAGUGGAGCAUCUCACACACCGGCAGGCCAUGAAGCACCUGUUCAACCUACACUCAACCUCCCAGCCACACUUAAUGCAGGGGGACUUUAAAAUGUGAUUAAAUAAGUUUAAAGUCCUAUUUUAUGAGCAUCCUUGUUUACGAAAAUACCUUUCUAAUAAACACCUGCCACCCCCAACUUUCCCAGAUCUAAUCAACGAUGUGAUCACAAGCGAUUGGGCUGGGAAGUGCCAGGGACCUCACAAUACGAUAUUAUCCCGAUACUUUGGUGCCGAUACGAUAUGCAUUGCCAUUCUCACGAUUCUACAUGUAUUCCAAUUCGACUGUGAUUUUAUUACAAUUCGAUGUUCCAAACAUAUUGCUCACCAUAUGUCUGCUGCAGAGGAACAAAAGACAGCCAUGAGAACAUUUUGAUCAGUCAUGGAAAUAAAAAUGCUGAAAACAAAUUGUCUCCCUAUUUAACAAGAUGAUGGAAAACAAGUUUUGCUGCAGGUACAGCCAACUAGCGCAAAUAUAAUAUUGCGAUAGUCAAAAUGAUACAUCUUCAAAAAUAAUAUCCCGAUAUGUAACUGUAUUGAUUUUUCCCCCCAUCACUAAUGAGCUCCAUAUGUUGGUUCUAAACGUUGACCCCUUUGAUUCAGUCCCAUCUGACAUCAUCAUUAGUAGUCAUCUUCACAGAAGGGCUUCCACUGAAUCAUCUUCAGUGUGAGAGUCCAUCCUCCCCACCCCAUGUACUGUAUCACAGGCAGGUGUUGACAUGCUGUAUGAAGAGACUAUGCUGUGGAGAUUCUCAAAUAGGCCAGACAACCUCCUCCACAUCCCCAUGAAGGGGACAUUGCUGUGGUAAUGUGUUUUAGGUCUGAUUUAAAAAAGCACUGCCUUAAACACCUAAAUAUUCCAUUUGGUUUGAUAGGAUGGAAUGGUAAGGGUCCAAUUUGUUCCACCUUUUCCAUUUAGUAUUUCCCUGCCACUUGGCCCAUGGAGGCUGCAGUAUGUUAUGUUAAACAUCUGUGGUCUGUCUGUAUCCAUUAUGAGAUGGUAUAGGAGGAAAAGUAGAAUUUGAUUUAUUUUCUAAGGGAUGGGCUAAUGUAAUGCUAAAUAAAGAGCAUGACAGAAAUGUGUACAUAUGUUUUCUCAUCAGUUAUGUGGUUUCUAGAAAUGCUACAUACAAGUAUUAUUAUUUGAGAAAUGUGUCAACCUUUUCACAUUCUGUAAAGAGUGGUAUUGGUGAGAGACAUUUGUCUUCGGGCAAAGAUUUUUGAAGUCUUACGGGCAAUGUAAAUGUCACGUUAUUAGAGAGACUGAACAUUUGUUCAUGACACUUUGCUUUCAAUGUAUUUAUAACAUUCUAUCGCUGUCCUAUUUAACCUAUAUCCAGUGUACAACAAUCUUGUUAAAAUGUGCAUAUUGAGUAAUAGAGAAAGGUAAAUAUACAGCCGAGGGAGGAGGCAGGAAGGUAGACUAUUCUGUACUUUACUCUCAUUGAUUACUCCAGUUCUGUUAUGACGCAUCACAUUGUGUCAGACUAGCCCUUAAUGAACUGUAAUUUCGCCUGUACCCGUCUCGGUGAACAGACCUCUCUGCAGGUGAUUGACCUUGGCUGUGGGGGAGUGGCAGACUAAUGACAGGCAGAGCACAGCGAUGUAUAAAUAGGGGAGAGGAGGUUGACUGAUGACUAAUAAAAUACGUUUAAAAAAAAUUCUUUCUCCUUACUUCCACCAUUAAUGAGAAAGAGGGGAGCAGAACUCGGCUUCCAUUUCUCCAAUAAGCAGUGAUUCGUGUCAGGGACAAGAGCAGGCUUUAAGCAGAAAUGGAGGAAAGAGAGAAAGAGAAAAAAGGAGGGAGACUGAGUAAGGAGGAGGCCCAUCUGAUGGAUUAAUACAGACAUAUGGAUGUUCGGAGGACAAACUUGCUGGCGAGGUCUCCAAACGUUGUGCUGCUGCAUUACCCCAUCAGCACUUCUCACAAAAGUUUCUAUGCUGAAGGUUGAAAGCAUCUGUCCUUAAGAUUGUUGGAACUGGUAGCUCAUUGCAAUCGAUAGGUAUCUGUUGACUCAGUAACGGAUAAUGAUGAUCAUCUCCCUGGAUGAUUUCUUUGAACUGGGGCCUUGUCUGUUUGCAGUGUGCCAGCACUACAUUUCUCAAAGGCACCCAAGCAUUGCUUAUUUCUCAUUCACCUACCUCCUUGCAGUUUUUAAAAUUGGCAUUUUACUGUCCGCAUUAGAUUGGGCAACUCUAAACUUUCUGUUACACCGAGAUUAAUAGUCAGGGCCAAACAUUAUCAAUACAGUGCUCAAGUCUUAUUAAAAAUUGCUUAAAGUUUUUCAAUUAAGCGUAGCAUAAAUUUUCAUUAUGGCACACCAUUUACCCAAUGUUGUCAAUGUAAAUACCAUUUUUUUUAUUUUAUAUUCUGGUUUCAAUAAUAUUAAUGCAUUUUAGGGCUAAUGUACUGUAAAGCAAGUUGUUAUGUUGCCAAGUUGUGGCCCAACCAUGCUUUGAAGAAUCUAUGGUUGCAGUUCUGCAUUAUGAUCUGCUUGACUGGCUCUGGGAGCAGCUCCCUGCAGUCAGAGGCUGGCUGUAAACAAUGACUGUUGCUGUGUUAUUUGAAUAAACAUCAGAGGCGGCUGUGACC